UGGCCCCAAAGAGAGGAGGGGCUGUCCAAGUAACUUAAUACCUGUCCAAUUCAUGACUUUCUUUUGGGGGGGGGUGAGCUGUAACUAGCUCAACUGCCCUGACAAGUGCUGAGGUUAGCACACAUGAGCAGGCAGCGAGAAAGGAGACAAGCAGACAGUCAGACAGACAGGGCUCUUUAUCGUCAAGUGCAAGAAGAAGAAGGCAACGUGUCCUCCUCCCCGCAUGGAAGAAGGAUGGAAGUGAGCCGCCGCGGCUCGCCACCUGCCAUCACGAGCUCAGAGGCCGAGAUGGGGCCGGAGUGCCCGCCGCCGGAUGAGGGAGUCCCGACGGCCCCGGGGAGCCUUGCCAAUUUGGAUGCCUUCCCGCCACGGGACUUUCGAGGCAAGUUCAAGAAGAUGCGGCACAAGAAGAGGCCCACCAUCCUUGAAACCUCGCCCGUGGGCAAUGGCUACAACAAGCCGCCCCUCCCGCCGGUCUGCAGUCCUCAAGGGGAGAAGGGCCCGACCAUCUCCGUGCCCAUCAGCGUGGACCCGGAGAGCAAACCGGGAGAGUACGUGCUGAAGAGCCUCUUCUCCGCCUUCGCCACCGUGUCGGAGCGCAAGAUCCGCGUCAUCAUGGCGGAGCCGCUGGAAAAGCCGUUGACAAAGUCUCUUCAGAGAGGUGAAGAUCCUCAGUUUGACCAAUUGAUAAGCACCAUGAGCUCCUUGGCCGAGUACUGCCUUCCCUCCAUCCUGCGCACGCUCUUCGACUGGUACAAGCGGCAAAACGGCCCGGAGGAGGAGCUGCGCGAGUACCGGCCGAGAGCCAACGCCAAGUCCAGAAACGAUGAGCAGCAGAGGGAUUAUUUACUUGAAAGGAGAGAUUUGGCAAUCGACUUCAUCUUCUCCCUGGCCCUCAUAGAAGUGCUGAAGCAGAUGCCGCUGCACCCCGUACUCGACGGCUCGGUCAACGAGAUCAUCACCUUAGCCUUUAAGCACUUCCGCUACAAAGAAGGAUACCACGGUCCCAACACUGGCAACUUGCACACUGUGGCCGACCUUUACGCUGAGGUCAUCGGAGUACUGGCUCAGUCCAAGUUUCCCGCCGUGAAGAAGAAGUUCAUGACGGAGCUGAAGGAGCUGCGGCAGAAAGAGCAGAGUCCAUAUGUGGUCCAGAGUACCAUUAGCCUCAUCAUGGGGAUGAAGUUCUUUCGAAUUAAGAUGUACCCCGUUGAGGAUUUUGAAGCUUCCUUCCAGUUCAUGCAGGAAUGCGCCCGGUACUUCUUGGAGGUUAAGGACAAGGACAUCAAGCACGCCUUGGCCGGGCUCUUUGUUGAAAUUUUGGUUCCUGUCGCGGCAGCGGUGAAGAAUGAGGUGAACGUUCCCUGCCUGAGGAACUUUGUGGACAGCUUGUACGACACAAGCCUGGAGCUGUCGGCCAGAAAGAAGCAUUCGUUGGCUUUUUACCCGCUGGUGACCUGCCUGCUGUGCGUCAGCCAGAAGCAGUUCUUCCUCAACAGGUGGCACAUCUUCCUCAACAAUUGCCUCUCCAAUCUCAAGGUAACGCGACUAAUCCGACGGGCGGAAGGAACGUGGCGUGUCGCCAUUCUCCACCCUGUCUUUGCCUCGCAGAGUCGAGACCCCAAGAUGGCUCGCGUGGCGCUGGAGUCUCUCUAUCGCCUGCUGUGGGUUUACAUGAUCAGGAUCAAGUGCGAGAGCAACACUGCCACGCAAGGUCGCCUCAACACCAUCGUGGGCACGCUUUUCCCCAAAGGAUCCCGCAGCGUGGUGCCCAGAGACAUGCCUCUCAACAUCUUUGUCAAAAUCAUCCAGUUCAUCGCACAGGAAAGACUUGAUUUUGCCAUGAAAGAAAUUCUUUUCGAUCUCCUGUGUGUGGCGAAACCCGCAAAAGCCUUCGGUCUUAAUCCGGAGAGAAUGAAUAUCGGUCUGAGAGCCUUCCUGGUGGUGGCCGACCGACUUCAGCAGAAGGACGGCGAGCCUCCCAUGCCCAACACCGGUUGCACUUUACCUUCAGGGAACACGCUACGAGUGAAGAAGACCUACCUGAGCAAAACGCUCACGGUGGAGGAGGCCAAAGUCAUCGGCAUGUCGCAGUAUUACUUCCCCGUGCGAAAGGCCUUUGACAACAUCCUGAGACACCUGGACAAGGAGGUGGGACGCUGCAUGAUGAUGACCAACGCUCAGAUGUUCAACAAAGAGCCCGAGGACAUGAUCACGGGUGAAAGGAAGGCCAAGAUUGAUCUGUUCAGGACGUGCGUGGCAGCCAUUCCACGCUUGAUGCCCGACGGGAUGUCAAAGACGGAGCUCAUAGACCUGCUCUCCCGACUGACAAUCCACAUGGACGACGAGCUCCGACUCAUCGCUCAGAACUCUUUGCAAAGUCUGUUGGUGGACAAAUCGGACUGGCGGGACGACGUGCUGUUCGGGUUGGUCGGCUUUGUGCUGCGCGAGGUCCACGACAGCCAGCGGGGGCUGUUGGACGCCUCGCUCAAGCUGCUGCUCCAGCUGCUCGCCCAGUGGAAAGUGGCGGCGGCGGCGGCGGGGAGGAGCUACGACACGGCUAAGAUGCACACUGCCGAGCCGCCGCAGACGAGCUCCAACGUGAAGACGGCUGCCGAGCGCGGCCCCCACGCCGCCGUCUUGCACGCCGUGGAGGGUCUGGCCCUCGUGCUGCUCUGCUCCUGCCAGCUCAGCACUCGAAGGCUCGCCGUCGCCGUCCUCAAGGAGAUCCGCGGCCUCUUCGCCGUGCUCGGGCAGUCUGAGGACGACGAUAAACCGGUCAUCGAGGUCAUGGACCAGCUCGGCCCCGUCAUCGUCAGCAGCUUCGUCAACGUUGUCGUCUCUGAUGCGGUAAGUUGGGCGAGGCGCUGUGCUAUCAUUUCCCACCUUAUUGUAUUUUAUUUUUUUUAUCAACUUCUCCAGGCCAACACAUGCGCGGACCUCCAGUGGCUGGCCGAGUGGAACGCCCGGCUGGUCAGCAGCCACUACGACAUCGGCAGCCCGUCGCACGUGUGGAUCUUGGCGCAGUCGGUGAAGGAGCCGUGGGUGCUGUGUCUGUACAGCCUGCUGAGACAGGAGCACCUGCCCAAGCACUGCCCCGCCGCUCUGGGCUACGCGUGGCCCUACGCCUUCGCUCGGGCACAGAUGCUCAUGCCGCUGAUCGAUCCCAAUAACCCGGCAAACGCAAAGAAGACGGGCAGCACCUCGGGCAGCGCGGACAACUACGUGACCCUGUGGAGGAACUACUUGAUCCUUUGCUUCGGGGUGGCCAAGCCCAGCGUGAUGAGCGCCGGUCACCUGAGAGCGUCGACAUCCGAGAUGGCCGGGCCGGCCACGCCCGAAAGCCCCGCCGGCUGCGAGAAGGUCAUCUCAGGCUGCCCAUCGGUGGCUUGGCUCCUCAAGCAGUUGGUUCCCCUCAUGCGGUCGGAGAGCGCGGAGCUGACCGAGGCCUUAGUUCUGGGCUUUGGCCGCACCAACUCCCUGGCCUUCAGGGAACUUGUGGAGGAGCUGCAUCCGCUCAUGAAGGAAGCACUGGAAAGAAGACCUGAGAACAAGAAGCGGCGUGAGCGCCGGGACCUUCUGCGACUUCAACUGUUGCGCAUCUUUGAGCUGCUGGCAGACGCGGGCGUCAUCAGUGACAGUACAAACGGGGCUCUGGAGCGUGACACUCUGGCCCUGGGCGCCCUCUUCCUGGAGUACGUGGACCUGACGCGGACGCUCCUGGAAGGCGAGAACGACAAAGACGCCGAGAUCCUCAAGGACAUUCGAAUUCACUUCAGCGCCAUGGUGGCCAACCUCAUCCAGUGUGUGCCAGUGCACUACAGGCGCUUCCUGUUUCCGCAGCAGAGCCUCCGACAUCAUCUCUUCAUCCUCUUCAGUCAGUGGGCGGGGCCCUUCAGCAUCAUGUUCACUCCCUUGGAGCGCUACAGUGACAGAAAUCACCAGAUCACGCGCUACCAAUACUGCGCCUUGAAGGCCAUGUCUGCCGUGUUGUGCUGCGGCCCGGUCUUCGACAACGUGGGCCUCUCCCCGGACGGCUACCUCUACAAGUGGCUGGACAACAUCCUAGCCUGCCAAGACCAGCGGGUCCACCAGCUGGGAUGCGAGGCGGUCAUCCUGCUCCUGGAGCUCAACGCCGAGCAGGUCAACCUGUUCAACUGGGCCGUAGAUCGCUGCUAUACGGGCUCCUACCGGCUGGCCUCGGGUUGCUUCAAAGCCAUCGCCGCCGUGUGCGGUAGCAGAAACUACCCAAGCGAUCUGGUGCCGCUGCUCAAUCUGGUUCUCUUCAAGGCGUCCGACGCCGACAGAGAGAUGAAUGAGAUCUCCAUGCAACUGAUGCAGAUUCUCGAGGCCAGGCUGCUGGUGUACUCCAAGAAGUUGGCUGGGCGGAAGCCCAACGGCGUCCUUCACGGCACUCACGCGCCGUUGCCGCCCCUCUACAGCCUCUCCCUCCCUCAGCUCUCCGGCCACUUGGCCAGAAUGUACCCCGAACUCACCCUCCCUCUUUUCUCAGAGGUUAGCCAGAGGUUCCCGACGACCCACCCCAACGGGAGACAGAUCAUGCUGACUUAUCUCCUACCCUGGCUCAGCAACAUGGAGCUGGUAGAUAGCGGCCAGCCAGCGUCUUCCUCCUCCUCCUCCGACGACACCUUUACGAGAGGGCGCGCCUCCGCCCGGCAACAUCUGAGCGGCACCGGCUGGGGCUCCUUGCAAGCCACGUCCAUGGUGCUCAACAACCUCAUGUACAUGACGGCCAAGUAUGGAGAUGAUUUACCAGGAUCUGAACUGGAAAAUGCCUGGAAUGCUUUGGUGUGCAACGAAAAGUGGAGUCACAACCUGCGAACGGCGCUGCAGUUUCUCAUCAGCUUAUGCGGCGUCAGCAGCGACACCUCCCUCCUGCCAUUCAUCAAGAAGGUGGUGAUCUACCUCUGUCGGAACAACACCAUGCAAACCAUGCAAGAGUUGCUUUUGGAGUUGCAGCAGACAGACCCGCUCAACCCGGUGGUGCAGCACUGCGACAGCCCGCCCUUCUAUCGCUUCACGGCCACCGGCAAGCCCGUCGGCAACACGCCGUCAGGAACCACAUCCAGUACCAAUACCGUGGUGGCAGGACAGGAGAGCUUCACAGAUUCAGAUGAACGCAAGUCAAAGGACAACGAAGAGAGGCUUAGUCAUGCGAUGCAAGCUCACCACCGCCUGGACUCUCGCUACAGCAACAGCUCGGGAGGAUCGUACGAUGAAGACAAGUGUGAACCUCUUCCCCCUUAUGCUGACUGGUUGAUGGCCGUGGUAGAAAGCAACCAUCCCCAUCCUCUCCCUAUGCCUCUCAACGGCGGCUGCUGGGCUCCUCUGGUGGACUUCCUGCCCGAGACCCUCACCCCCAGAGGACCUCUACACAGGUGUAAUAUAGCAGUCAUAUUCAUGACAGAGAUGGUGGUGGACCACAGCGUGAGGGAAGACUGGGCCUUGCACCUCCCGUUGCUGCUGCACGCCUUAUUUUUGGGCAUGGACCACUACCGUCCGGAAGUACAUGAGCACUGCAAGCAUCUCCUCCUCCACCUGCUCAUGGCGCUGUCCUGCCGCCGCAACUUCCAGGCCGUCGCCUCGGUGCUGCUGCGGACGCGCCGGAUCGACGGAGCCAAGACCCUCACUCGCCAGCCCGCCUUUCAGCCCGAGUUCAUGACAUCAGGAGCUUUGGACUUUCUGAGGGAGGCUCAGGCGUCUCCCGUGCCGGACUCCGGCCUAAGUUCCUCCUCCACGUCGUCCAGUCUGAGCCUGGGGGAGAGCGCCGGCAACCUGCCCGAGAUCUCGGACGAGCCGGCGGCCGACGAGAAGACCGGCAAGCUCAUUGAGUUUUUAACCACCAGAGCAUCCGGGCCGCUGUGGUGCCACGAAGACAUCUCACCCAAGAGUCACGUUUCCAAAAGUACAGUCCAGCUGACAAACCUCUUGCGCCACGUCGUAUCCGUGCUCAAAGAACCCGACUCUCAGCUGGAGCGGCAGCUGAGCGACGUGGCCCUGCACACGGCGCUGUGCAGUUCCUCACGUCACUACGCCGGACGCUCCUUCCAAGUGUUCCGAGCGUUGCGCCAGCCAGUCUACGCGCACGCCGUCUCCGACUUGCUCACCCGGCUGGUGGAGGUCGUCGGGGAACCCGGAGAGGAGGUGCAGGGCUACGUGAUGGAAGUUUUACUCACGCUGGAGUCUGUGGUGGACAACUUGGCCGAGUGCCUCGAGAAUAACGAACCGGUGGCCAUCUUGACCAGAGCCUCAUCUCCGGAUGGCCUCACCACGCUGAACCUGAUGUCCGACAGGAAGAGCACAGGCCAGCUCAACAUCCGCGGGGAAGAGCGCAGCCGACAUCAGAGGAGCUCCUCCGUGCCGAAGAAGUUCGGCGAAGCGGACAGGUGGUCGGACAGGUGGUCGGACCCGCCUCGCAGCGCCACACUGGACCGCAUCCAAGCGUGCGAGCAGCAGCUCCCGGCGGGCAAAAGCCGCAGCCCGCCGUCGUCCAAGGACGACGUGUCGGACCCGGCCAACGUCAACCACCCCGGCAACCUGCUGGCCGCCGUCUUCUGGGCGGCCGUGUCGCUGAUGGAGUCCGACUUUGAGUUUGAGUACCAGAUGUCGCUGAGGCUGCUGGACAAGCUGCUGGGCCACAUGUCGCUGGACAAGCGGGAGAACCGCGACAGGCUGGAGAAGCUGCAGGAGCAACUGCAGUGGAGCAGCUUCACGGGGCUCCAGCAGCUGCUGCUCAAGGGCUUCACGUCGGCUGCCACCGUCGACCUCGCGCUCAAGCUCUUCUGGCAGCUCACGCCCGUUUCGCGGGUGUCCGUGGUGGACACCUCGCAAGCUAUCGGUUUCCCCUUGAACGUCCUCUGCCUGCUCCCGCACCUUGUGCAGAAUUUCGACGGCCCCACGCUCUUCUGUCAGGAAGUGGCCGAAAGGAUCGCACAGGUGUGCCUGGAGGAGAAGAACGACAAGCUCUCCAACCUGGCCCACGUCAUGACGCUUUACAAGACGCGCUCGUACACCCGCAACUGCUUCUCCUGGGUCAACGUGGUGUGCAGGUACCUGCACGAGGCCUUCUCGGACAUCGCGCUCAGCCUGGUCACCUACAUGGCGGAGCUGCUGGAGAAAGGUCUCCCCAGUAUGCAGCAGACCAUUUUACAAAUCAUCUACAGCCUGCUGAGUCACAUGGACCUGAGUGGCAUUCAAGCCAAACCUUUCAAUAUGGAAGUGCUCAGGACUAUAGAGAAAUUUGCUCAGACGGCCCACUGGAGGGAAGCGCUGAACAUCCUCAAGCUGGUGGUGAGUCGCUCGGCCAGUCUGGCGCAGCCUUCCGGCGACCUCUCCUACGAGGACAUCAGCCGCGUGUGGGAGCGCUCGUCCAAGGCCUUGCCUGGGAAAACGCUGGAUUUCCACUUUGACGUAUCCGAGACGCCAGUGAUUGGUCGGCGCCACCACGACCUGCGCGCCUCCCCGGGCCGCGACGGCAAGAGUGGAAUCGCGGCGGUGACCCGCAGCACCUCCUCCUCGUCCAGCUCUCUGGGCUCCACGUCCAACAAGGUCCUGGUGCCGGUCAGCUGGAAGAGGCCUCAAUCUUCCCAGAAAAGAACCAGAGAGAAACUUGUCCAUGUUUUGUCUUUGUGCGGGCAGAAAGUGGGUCUCACAAAGAACACUUCGGUGAUUUUCUCCAGCUGCGGCGAGCUGGACCUCGCCGAGCACCGGCCCAGCCCGGCGUCAUCCGAAGACGGAACCCGAGAAGCCGACGCGACGGACGACACCGCCUCGGAGCAGCAGUUUCGAGUCUUCCGGGACUUUGACUUCCUGGAUGUGGAGCUCGAAGACGGAGAGGAGUUGCUGGGUGAGACGGUGGACAAUUUCAACUGGGGCGUGCGUCGCCACUCGGCCGACAGCCUGGACCGGAGCGGCCCGGGCGGCGCCCUGGAGGAGAGCCAACUGUCGGGCAGCACGCCCAGCCUGAGCCGCGUCCUCGCCGGCGAGGACGACUCGGACGACUUCUCCGAGGAGGAGUCCCUCUCGGCCGCCCAGGCCGCCAGUCUCCCCCCAAGCACGGAGAUCCAAAAGAUGGAUUCUCCCUCCUUUUGCAACUCCACGCCACCCGGCGGCAAAAAUCCCUCUUUUGAGCUCCAGCUGCCGAAGGACUCGAAACAGCGGUUCUUCCAAGCGGAUGAAGACGCAAACGAGGAGGACGCGUCGCUCUCCAUCAGCUGCCUCCCUCCCGACUUUGACUGUGGCGACGCUUUGGAAGUCACGCACCCUUUCUACAAAGACAUCCACGGCUGCUUGCCCAGCCUCGCAGAGGAGGAGGGAGACGACGGCACGCCGGAGUCGGACUCUUCGCCGCCCCCCUCGCCCUUCUUCUCCGCCAUCCUGGCGGCGUUCCAGCCGGCGGCGUGCGACGACGCAGAGGAAGCCUGGCGCGCCCAUCUGAGCCAGCUGGCGUCCGACUCGGACGGCUCCUGCGCCGUCUACACCUUCCACGUCUUCUGCUGCCUCUUCCAGAGCAUCCAGAGCAGAUUUAGCUCUCUGACCUCCGACGCUGUGAGUUACCUCAACGACGGCCUGAAAGGACUUGGAGCAAAGUUCCUCAGGUCCUCUCAAAUGCUGACCACCUGCGCCGAGUGCCCCUUGUUGCUUAUCGACGCCGACACAGUCAUGUCCUACGGACUCCUGGAGAAAAUGAAAUUCAGCGUGCUGGAGCUGCAAGAGUAUCUGGAUACGUACAACAGCAAAAAGGAAGCCACUGUCACGUGGCUGAGCAGCUGCAAGGCCGCCUUUCCCCAAAGUCCCGACAGCACAGCCAGCGCACGGGAGCAAAAGCAACUGGAGCUGUGUCAGAGACUCUACAAACUCCACUUCCAACUCUUACUGCUGUUUCAGUCGUACACCAAGCUGGUCGAGCAGGUCUACGCGGUCAGCUCCCAUCCCAAACUAAGCAACAUGUCCCAAGAGCUGAGCGACUUGAGGAGCCACCUCAAAGCGGCGUGGGUGGAAGAUGACCGAAGAGCGUGCGGUGAGCCCUCCACCUUCAGCACGGCCGAGGCGGCCGUGCAGGCCAUCCUGGAAGUUCUCAAGAGCGACGGCUUUGCCUCGGCCAUCUGCUACAUCCGGGAGUGCAGAACAUCUUGGCCCAAAGACAUCUUCGGCGGCCCCUCGGAAGACGAGAUCCAGACGCUGCUCAACAUUUACUUCCGCCACCAGACGCUGGGCCGCACGGGCACGUUGGCUCUGGUGGGCUGCAAGCGGGACCUGAGCGACGUCUCGGCCCAGCUGACCGAGCUCAACGGGGAGAUGCGCGACGCGAUGAGCCGGACGCGGGGCGACCGCCCCGUCGUCGCCUUCCUGCCCGACGCCAAGGUGUCGGGCUCCACCCUGUGAGCGCCGCGCGCUCGCCAGCUUUUCUUGCACUGCUCGCACGCCAUUCACAGGCAAGCGCGCCCGGAAAGUAUUUGUGUAAAUCUUUAGUCACGGCCUUUUUCCUAAAUACAAUCAAUGAAUUCCCUCAAAAUUCCAAACAAGAGUUUUUAAGGGAAUUUGUUAUAAUAAAUGUUAAACGGCACAAGAUCCCCAUAUGACAUUAAUUCAUUAAUAUCGUCCAUAAAUGUCCACAAUUACCAACAGUCUUUGCUCAAGACUUUUCGAUGCACCUUUAACAGCAAUUACGGUCUGAAAUCUUCUUGGCACGUCGAUUUUCCCCUUUGGUCUUGGCAACGCGGUAAAUACUUUCCAGACGCACAGCCGCACGCUAUUUCAUAAUUCAUCUUAAAGGGAAUUGUGCAAUGAUCUUCCACACACGUGGAUUUUUUUACUGUGCAGUAAAGAAUGUAUCUGAGAGGGAAAUGGAAUCAAGGAGGAUGUGUUACUUAGUAGUGUGCGUGUGCGUGCAUGUGAGUGUGUGUUUGUGUGCGUGCGUGUGUGGAUUCUGGCAGACAUUUUAGAUGAGAAUUUUUGGACGCCAAUUUCAAUCGACUGCCGUCAAACUACUUUGAAAUGCUGCAGAUCUACUGUAACACUAUGAGUACUCCCCC